AUGAAGAGGGUAGACUGUGGAAACUCUAUCAAGUCCUCAUCUUUCUCCAUUGACAACUUCGAAGAUCCUUCUGAAUUAUCUCUGAGAAUUAGCCGGCGCAGGACGGAGGACACUAUGCCGGAUCAUAUGAGUUUGAAACCAGGAGUUAGACCUUAUGUCCGGUCAAAGGUGCCAAGACUUCGAUGGACUCGUGAUCUUCACCAAUGUUUUGUGCAUGCAGUUGAGAGGCUUGGUGGGGAAGACAGAGCAACUCCAAAAAUGGUUUUACAGUUGAUGGAUGUGAAGGGAAUAACCAUAUCUCACGUAAAGAGUCACCUUCAGAUUAGAAAAUUUGAAGGUAUUCUUGAGAACUGUUUGGGUUUUGUUGCAGAAGCAGAACUUGCAGCAAACAAUAAUUUUGAAAUGCAAGGCAUUCCGCAAUCAAAUUACUUCCUGAGCUCCAACUCUGUUUACCACCAGCAAAGUUAUCACCUCAAUGAUGGGAAAUUGAUUAACACCAAUCUGUUCCUUCAUGAAAACAGUGGGACUCCUUACAUUGAUCAAGAGCUUGCAAUUGCCUCCAUGAAUACUAGCAGCCCACCAACAUGGAAAGAAAUGCCGGAGACAAGACAUGAACCUUGCAUCGUCUUCAAGGACAUCCUCAAUCGCUGCACUACUCAAGAAAUGAAUGAGAAAGAAAACAUGUUAGUCGAUGCAACGACUUACGUGAAUGAAUAUCAAAAUUUGGAGAAAUUAGCAGAGAUUGCAGUAGGAGAAAUUGGUGGCGCAAUGUCUGCAGGAGGGUCAUCUGGAUUCAGAACUUAUGAAGCAUGUGUGACCACAGAUGUGAACGAUGAUGAUGUCUCUCUUGAACUCACUCUUGGUUAA